UCCUGUUUAGAAGAUAGUAAUUUCACACGAAGGAAUUUUGAAGUUGAUUGUAAUGUUUCAAAACCACAGUUAUUGAAGGAUUAAGUGAUAAUGAGUCGAACAGGUGCCGAAAUGAGGGCAAGUGAAACUCAGUCUAAAUUUAUACAGGAUCGAGUGUCCCUGGUGGAGAAGCAUUUUGGACAGCUAUGCGACACCAUGUCUUCUAUAACAAGGAAAACAGCAAAACUGAGAGAUAAAGGAGACCAGUUGGCUAAGGAUGUAACAACCUACUCGGAGGCAAAUUCUCAUAACCCAUCUACGCUGAGAUGUCUCACAGAGUUUGCAUCAAACUUAUCAGCCAUACAGGAUUAUAGACAGGCAGAAGUUACAAGACUUGACGCCAAAGUUGUACAACCUUUAAGUAACUAUGGAAUUAAGUGCAAACAAGCAAAAAACGACCUCAAGUCAGCAUUUAAUGCUCAGGACAAAGAAACAAAACAGAAAAGGAGGCUAGACAUGCUGCGACAGAAGAAUCCGGGGAACCAAUCUCAGAUCUCGCAGGCCGAGACCGAGCUACAGAAGGCUAGUGUAGAGGCUUCACGAACAUCAAAAAACCUUCAUCAACAGGUUGACAAGUUUGAGCUAGAAAAGCUUAAAGAUGUGAAGAAAAUGUUGUGUGACUUUGUGAACAUCGAAAUGAUGUUCCAUGCCAAGGCACUGGAGAUGUACACACAAUGCUUCCAGAACCUCACCUCUGUUGAUGUGGAGGAGGACAUAGAGGAAUUUCGCUCCAAGCUCACCCCACCUAACUCUGCAGCCAGGAUGAAUAUGGUCAGAUCCUCCUCCUAUUCCUCUCUCAACUCCAACACAAACUCCAAACAGUCAACACCCUCCAAGAUGAACCGACAGCAGUCAGCCCCUACAAGUUCUCAAUCCACGCCCACCAAACCCCCCGCAGGAACACAGUCUCGAACACGAAUACCGGUAAUGGAUCUCGACGAUGAUGACGACGACGACGACGACGAUGAUGAUGAUGAUGAUGAUGACGAAUACGAAACUGACGAUGAAGAUGACGUAACAGAAUCAGAAUUAUCAACAGCAAGAUCACAACAAAAGCAACAAGCACAGCCGCGACGAGUGUUGCCGCGGUAGGACAUUUUGGACAUUAUUGUGACUUUUAGUCUGCAUAUCUGUGAUAUGCUAUAUCCGUCCAUGCCAAGAGGAGGUCAAACCUGGGUCGCUGCAAGAUCGAGGCCUCCAGUAUAUUUACACUGUUGAGAACUAGGGAUAUCACCAAACUGUAAGGAGAAGCCCAUGAAAUGAUGAAGGCCAGUAAAUAGUCCCAGUAUUUUGGUCUUUUUCUGCCAUAUUGUGAUUAGACUUCCAAGAUUUGUGCUAAUUUGUAAGAGAUUUCCUAUGAUUAGUCUUUCGCAUUUAAGCUUAUAUACAAUAAAGGCUGGCUAGAACGUUUAAUGGUAGUGUUCCCUACAUACGGAGCUGUACGUCCUCCGCCACUUCUCUGUGUAGUCAUGUACUUUACCUCAGACUUUCCUAUCAGAUACAGCAUUCUCGGUCUAGUAUUUAAAGUGUUGUGCCAUAUGAUCUCUUUAGCCUGUUAUCAGCAAACAUGUACUGUAUUAGGUAUUAAUGUACAUAACCAAGGGAACUUGUUAUCCUUGAUAUCAAUGUAAUUAACCCCAGUAGGAUUGUUUGUAUUCCCUUAUACCAUCGACCUUUGUUAGAGAUUGUCAGGCUGUGCAGUUGCACUGUUACAGUGUAUCUAAUUUUAGUUUAAUAUUACUAAUCUGUCUGAUCUGGCUUACCUGCAGCUAUAAAGAGAUUUUACAGUACUUGGUGAACUAUCUCUUUGUUUAACAUUUAUAGAAUUACUCGAGUGUUUAUAACAUGUUUGUAUCUACACAAUGUUCACACUUAGCAAUGAGUGAAGAAUUUUGUCGAGGUGUUUAAGAAGCAAAAUAUUUCCAUUCUUCCUGGACACUUUUUAGGCCAACUUAUACACAUUUCCAUGCUUCAACUUUACAGAAAAAAAUAUUUGAUAAACCUCUGUGGGCAAAAAAGUAUUGCUGGAUAAUUUCUGUGUAACGAAUAAGCUUUCUUGUAAAUUUGGUUUAGCUUAACAUAUAUUUAAAUGUUAAAUGUAUGCCAGUAUGUGCCCUUGAAUAAGUAUAAAACAUGUACCCUUUCUAUGUAAUUUAAUCCGAGGGUACAUCAAUUUAUAGUUUACAGGUUUGUUACUGUCUAAUCUUGUUGACAAUUUAUACAUGUACUGUAUAACAUGAAAUAUUUGUGGGUAUUUUGCUUUCGUGGCUUGAAGCCAUUUUGAUCGUUUCGUGGUACAAUCGUUCGUGGAUUCCCCAUAUAAACAAAAAGUAGUAAAGUAUAUCAAGUAAAUUUCUUCUAUUUAUUUUCGUGGUUUUCCUUAGCCUCCACGAAUGUUUAUAUACGACAAACAUUACAUGUUAUACAGUAUGUAUGUGCACAUCUACAUUUAGUCAAGAAAUUUAGUAGCACUUUGAAGUGUAAAGAAUAGCAUUGUGAUAUGAUUUGGUGUGUGAAAAAGGUGAUGGAUAUGUAAUUAGGUAGAAUGUACUAGAUUGUCAUGUUGUACAUCUCUAAUGUUAUACAGCUUUGAUACCUUCCAGAACACCAAUAUGCAACAAAUGGAUUUCAAGGUCAAUGUUGCUGGUACAACAUGAAGUAACCAGAUUCCCACGGAUUUGUACAAACUCAUUGAAUUGGCUAGACGCUAAUGGAUUCAAUGUUUCCAUUAUGAAGCAUGGUUUGCAUCUGUCUGUCCAGUUUGAUUUAUUUUGAUAUAUGGUUCUUCCCCAAUCUGAUUAAAAUCAUAUCCUUCGUUCUCUACACAUCACGUGAUACGUAGAAAAUGUAGGAUAUGAUUUUAAUCAGAUUGGGGAGGAACCAUUCUUUAAAGUUUGUGUAUUAAAAACAACACUCAUCAUAACUGUAGAACUAAGUUUACAGCAUAAACACAGCGAAAAGUGUUCAUUAAAUUAUACUGCUUGUAUUUGAAUGUUCAUUGUUUUCCAAAAGCACAGCGGCACAGAUUUUGCAGAAGUACUCUUGUAAACUGUAAAGUGAUGGGUUAUUGAUAUUUUACUAGCACAAUUGUCAUCCACUUUAAAACACUGAAGACCAGUUAUGAGUCGUAGCAUAUUUUAUUUACAUUACAAUUUCUAUGAAUUUACUGUUUUUUAGCCAAACAGUAUCAUAAAACACACUAAAUGUAAGAAAAAACAAAAAAUCUCAAGAAAUUUGAUGUUUGCCUUACAUUAUUUCUAAGUAUAUACAGUUAAUUGAAUCCAUCAAUCCCGUGUGAUGUAGUAAGGAAUCUUAACCUGAAGUAAGAUUUUGGAGGCUUUGUUGAGUGCUGAAUGCCAAAAAUCAUAUCCCAAGGUAGACAUUUCUCGGUCUGCAUCACACUGGAAUAAUAGAUAUUUUCUCCUACAAUAUCUUACUGUAAACAAAACAAAAAUUGUUUUAAAUUGUGAAACCAAUGCACCAAGUGACAUCAUCACUGGUUAAAAAAAAUAAGUAAAACUACAAUAACAUGAUUCUAUUGUGACAUGGUUACACUACAUAAAGUGGUGAUGUACGUCUAUGCUGAAGUGGUAAUGUCUUCAGAGGCACGUUUGAACUGUCUUUCCUAGGUAAAAUGUAGGUAAAGACGGUCUUAUAUCUUUCCUACAAAAAUAGGAACACAUGUACAACCGUAAAGUGUGGUAAAAAACAUGAAUACAAUGUACUACACUCAGAUAUCUUUGUUAUUAUAAGUCACAAUCAGAUGUAUUAACAAUGUUUAGGUAAGAGAUGUCAGGAAGAGUGUCAAUAACUAAGUAUGGGGGAUACAGACAUUCUACUCUCUGGUGUAGAAUUUGCUGUCAGGACCAAGAAGCCUGGGAUCUGACCCCGUAUUCUACAUUCGAGGGUAGCAUGUCUAUAUCCCCAAUACUUACAUAGGAGACUCUUUGUUAAUAUACAGGAGAAUUGUCUGUAAGCUUGUUCUAGUACCUGUGUUUUUACUAUACACACUUAUAUUAGUGUUUAUUAUUUAUCGACUUCAUACAUCGACAUUAAAUAUGAUAAGAUGCACUGAUUGAUUAUGACACUAUCAAUGACUGUUUGAUCUAGAUAAUGUAUUAUGUGUACUUGGAUGCAUGCUAGCUAGUUCACUUCUGUAUGAUUUCAGUAUUUAUAUGAAUGAAUGAUUCACUGUUAAUUGUAGAUAAUCGUUAUUACUAUGUUACAUGUACGCAUGGUUUGAUAUUAUAACUAAUACAUAAAUACAUUAUUGACUCUUCAAA